CCCUGCUAGACGCGCCGCGAGCAUGUCCCCUCUGAUCGCGCGGGCAGCCGCCUCCGUUAGCCGUGCGCGCGUCCCCACCUCCCGCGGCCGCCCUGGCUGCCUCCGACAGUGGCCCCCGGACCUCCGGCCCUGAUCGGCGCGGGGACGUCGAGCCAGCCGGGGGACCAUGGCCGGACAGGGGGACUGCUGCGUGAAGGUGGCCGUCAGGAUCCGGCCCCAGCUGUCAAAGGAAAAAAUUGAGGGGUGUCACAUCUGCACCUCGGUCACUCCCGGGGAACCCCAGGUCCUCCUGGGGAAGGACAAAGCCUUCACCUAUGAUUUUGUCUUCGACCUGGACACAUGGCAGGAGCGGAUCUAUUCGACGUGUGUGAGCAAGCUCAUCGAGGGCUGCUUCGAGGGCUAUAAUGCCACUGUGCUGGCCUACGGGCAGACAGGGGCUGGAAAGACCUAUACCAUGGGCACUGGCUUCGACACAGUCACCUCAGAAGAGGAGCAAGGCAUCAUCCCAAGAGCCAUCGCACACCUCUUCGGGGGCAUUGCUGAGCGCAAGCGGCGGGCAAAGGAGCAGGGCGUGGCAGGGCCCGAGUUCAAAGUCAGCGCUCAGUUCCUAGAGCUCUACAAUGAGGAGAUCUUGGACCUGUUCGACAGCACACGGGACCCUGACUCCCGGCACCGAAAGUCCAACAUCAAGAUCCACGAGGACGCCAGCGGGGGCAUCUACACUACCGGAGUCACCUCCCGCCUCAUCAACUCCCAGGAGGAGCUGAUCCAGUGCCUGAAGCAGGGGGCACUAUCUCGCACCACAGCCAGCACCCAGAUGAAUGUGCAAAGCUCCCGCUCUCAUGCCAUCUUCACCAUCCACUUGUGCCAGAUGCGAGUGUGUGCCCAGCCUGACCUGGUGAGUGAAGGGGUGACUGGGCUCCCCGAAGGCUCGGCGCCCUCCAGCGAGUAUGAGACACUCACAGCCAAGUUUCAUUUUGUGGACCUGGCGGGCUCUGAGCGGCUGAAGCGAACUGGAGCCACCGGCGAGCGUGCCAAGGAGGGCAUCUCCAUCAACUGUGGCCUGCUGUCAUUGGGCAAUGUCAUCAGUGCUCUGGGAGACCAGAGCAAGAAGGUGGUCCAUGUACCGUACCGGGACUCAAAGCUCACUCGGCUCCUCCAGGACUCUCUGGGAGGCAACAGCCAGACUGUCAUGAUUGCCUGUGUGAGCCCCUCGGACCGCGACUUCAUGGAGACCCUCAACACCCUCAAAUAUGCCAACCGGGCGCGCAACAUCAAGAACAAGGUGGUGGUGAACCAGGACAAGACAAGCCAGCAGAUCAGCGCCCUGCGAGCAGAGAUCGCGCGCCUGCAGAUGGAGCUCAUGGAGUACAAGGCGGGCAAGCGGGUGAUCGGUGAGGACGGUGCGGAGGGCUACAGCGACCUGUACCGGGAAAACGCCAUGCUGCAGAAGGAGAACAGCGCUCUGCGCCUGCGUGUGAAGGCCAUGCAGGAGGCCAUCGACGCCAUCAACAGCCGUGUUACCCACCUCAUGAGUCAGGAGGCCAACCUGCUUCUGGCCAAGGCCGGUGAUGGCAAUGAGGCCAUUGGUGCUCUGAUUCAGAACUACAUUCGGGAAAUAGAAGAACUUCGGACGAAGCUCUUGGAGAGUGAGGCUAUGAAUGAGUCCCUCCGCCGCAGCCUAUCUCGGGCCUCGGCUCGGAACCCCUACUCCCUAGGGGCGUCCCCGGCUACUCCUGGUUUUAGGGGCAGCCCAGCUAGCAGCAUGGAGGAUGCCACGGAGGUGAUACGCCGAGCCAAGCAGGACCUGGAACGGCUCAAAAAGAAGGAGGUCAGGCAGCGGAGAAAGAGCAGCCCUGAGAAGGAGGCGUUCAAAAAGAGAGCAAAGCUCCAACAGGAAAAUAGCGAAGAGACGGAUGAGAAUGAGGCGGAGGAGGAGGAGGAAGAGCGAGACGAGAGUGGCUGUGAAGAGGAAGAGGGCCGCGAGGAUGAGGACGAGGACUCGGGCAGUGAGGAGAGCCUGGUGGACUCCGACUCGGACCCCGAGGAGAAGGAGGUGAACUUCCAGGCGGACCUGGCAGACCUGACUUGUGAAAUCGAGAUCAAGCAAAAGCUAAUCGACGAGUUGGAGAACAGCCAGAGGCGGCUGCAAACCCUCAAGCACCAAUAUGAGGAGAAACUGAUUCUGCUGCAAAAUAAGAUCAGGGACACGCAACUGGAGCGAGACCGGGUGCUGCAAAACCUCAGCACCAUGGAGUGUUACACAGAGGAGAAGGCUAACAAGAUCAAGGCCGACUACGAGAAGCGGCUGCGCGAGAUGAACCGGGACCUGCAGAAACUGCAGGCAGCGCAGAGGGAGCAUGCGAGGCUGCUCAAGAACCAGUCCCGCUAUGAGAGGGAGCUCAAGAAGCUGCAGGCUGAGGUGGCUGAGAUGAAGAAGGCCAAGGUGACCUUGAUGAAGCAGAUGAGGGAAGAGCAGCAGCGGCGGAGGCUGGUGGAGACCAAACGAAACCGAGAGAUUGCGCAGCUCAAGAAGGAGCAGCGGCGACAGGAGUUUCAGAUCCGAGCUCUGGAGUCCCAAAAGCGGCAGCAGGAAAUGGUGCUAAGGAGGAAAACGCAAGAGGUAACCGCUCUGAGGCGUCUGGCCAAGCCCAUGUCUGAGCGGGUGGCAGGGCGCGUAGGGCCAAAGCCCCCAAUGCUGGACUCAGGGGCUGAGGUGUCAGCCAGCACUACCUCGUCUGAGGCCGAGUCAGGGGCUCGCUCCGUCUCCAGCAUCGUGAAACAGUGGAACCGCAAGAUCAACCACUUCUUGGGGGACCACCCUGCGCCCACUGUCAAUGGAACUCGCCCUGCCAGAAAGAAGUUCCAGAAGAAGGGCGUUAGCCAGAGCUUCAGCAAGGCAGCCCGGCUCAAGUGGCAGUCCCUGGAGCGGCGGAUCAUAGGCAUCGUUAUGCAGAGAAUGACCAUUGUGAACCUGGAGGCUGACAUGGAGCGGCUCAUCAAGAAAAGGGAGGAGCUGUUCCUCCUGCAGGAGGCACUGCGGAGGAAGCGAGAGCGGCUGCAGGCUGAGAGCCCCGAGGAGGAGAAGGGGCUGCAGGAGUUGGCGGAGGAGAUCGAGGUGUUGGCGGCCAACAUUGACUACAUCAACGACAGCAUCACCGACUGUCAGGCCACCAUUGUGCAGCUGGAGGAGACUAAGGAGGAGCUGGACUCCACAGAUACCUCGGUGGUCAUCAGCUCCUGUUCACUGGCUGAAGCCCGUCUUCUGCUGGACAACUUCCUCAAAGCGUCUAUUGACAAGGGAUUGCAGGUAGCCCAGAAGGAGGCUCAGAUCCGGCUGCUGGAGGGUCGCCUGAGGCAGACAGACCUCGCUGGUGCCUCCCAGAACCACCUGCUGCUGGACGCCCUGCGGGAAAAAGCCGAGACAAACCCUGAGCUCCAGGCCCUCCUCUACAACGUGCAACAGGAGAAUGGCUAUGCCAGCACAGAUGAGGAAAUCUCUGAGUUCUCAGAGGGCAGCUUCUCUCAGUCGUUCACCAUGAAAGGCUCCACUAGCCAUGAUGAUUUCAAGUUCAAGGGGGAGCCCCGGCUGUCAGCACAAAUGAAGGCAGUGUCUGCCGAGUGUCUGGGACCUCCGCUGGACAUCUCCACCAAGAACAUCACCAAGUCCCUGGCCUCCCUUGUGGAGAUCAAAGAGGAUGCGGUGGGCUUCCCUAUGCGAGACCCCUACUACCGGGACAAGGUCUCCCGCACCAUCAGCCUGCCCACUCGAGGGAACACCUUCCCUCGCCAGUCCCGAGGUGCAGACAAAUCUCCACUGACUCGCCGGAAGUCCUACGACCGAGGGCAGCCCAUUAGGUCCACAGACGUGGGAUUUACACCCCCCUCAUCCCCUCCCACUCGGCCCCGAAAUGACCGCAACGUUUUCUCUCGGCUCACCAGCAACCAGAGCCCAGGGUCUGCGCUGGACAAGUCUGAUGACAGCGACUCCUCUUUGUCGGAGGUCCUGAGGGGCAUCAUAUCCCCUGUUGGAGGAGCCAAAGGUGCCCGCACAGCCCCACUGCAGUGUGUCUCAGUGGCCGAGGGCCACAGCAAGCCCAUCCUCUGCCUGGACGCCACUGAUGAGCUGCUCUUCACAGGGUCCAAAGACCGUAGCUGCAAAAUGUGGAACUUGGUGACAGGGCAGGAGAUAGCAGCUCUGAAGGGUCACCCCAACAAUGUGGUAUCCAUCAAGUACUGCAGCCACUCGGGGCUCGUGUUCUCCGUGUCCACCUCCUACAUCAAGGUGUGGGACAUCCGGGACUCAGCCAAAUGCAUUCGAACCCUCACGUCCUCAGGUCAGGUGAUCUCAGGGGAUGCUUGUGCGGCCACAUCCACCCGGGUUAUCACCACAGCCCCUGGGGAGCACCAGAUCAACCAGAUUGCCCUCAGCCCCUCAGGCACCAUGCUCUAUGCUGCCUCGGGCAAUGCUGUCCGCAUCUGGGAGCUCAGCAGGUUCCAGCCCGUGGGCAAGCUGACUGGCCACAUAGGGCCCGUGAUGUGCCUGACGGUCACCCAGACAGCCACCCAACAUGACCUGGUAGUGACCGGCUCCAAGGACCACUAUGUGAAGAUGUUCGAGCUGGGGGAAUGUGUGACAGGCACCAUAGGCCCCACCCACAAUUUUGAGCCACCUCAUUACGAUGGCAUCGAGUGUCUGGCCAUCCAGGGGGACACGCUCUUCAGUGGCUCCCGGGACAACGGCAUCAAGAAGUGGGACUUGGAGCAGCAAGAGCUGAUCCAGCAAAUCCCCAACGCGCACAAGGAUUGGGUGUGUGCCCUGGCCUUCGUGCCGGGCCGCCCCAUGCUGCUGAGCGCCUGCCGGGCCGGCCUCCUCAAGGUCUGGAACGUGGACAACUUCACACCCAUCGGGGAGAUCAAAGGCCAUGACAGUCCCAUCAACGCUGCUUGCACCAACUCCAAGCACGUCUUCACCGCGUCCAGUGACUUGACUGUGAAGCUCUGGAGUGGACGGCGGUUACCCGGGGCCCAGGAGUGACCACCUUCACCCGGCGGCCCCACAGCACAGCAGGGAAGUUGUGGCCGUCUGGGGACAGGGUGUGGGUCUGGGGGGGGCUCACCCCUCUCUCAUUCCUUGCCCUCAGCCCCCCAAGCCUGUCCCCACACACACCACCUGCCUCCCAGAGAGAGUGAGGUGGGAGAGGAAUUAAGCUGUGAAGCCACAGGGCUUAGAACCUUUAUUUCUCCCCUCAGCCCUUGGCCUGCACCCGCCCUGAGUUGCCUGGCCCCUCCCCAGGCCCCUGCACCUGUCUCUGAGCCCCACAAGCUAGUCCUCAGGUAACCAUGGAAACCAGGUGCCGGCCCUUUGCCCACAGCAGCUGUGCUGGGAAACGCUCCAGAACCCUCUUCCACUUAUUUAUUUUUUUUUUUAUUUCCGUUUUUCACUGUUGCCGCCUGGACAUGGACUUGAAGUUUCUCCUCCCCAAGUUCUCUUGGAGGCCUGGGAAUCCCAAAGGGACCUCUCCACAACCCCAGGCCCCCUGCUGGGUGCUCUGCCGAGGAGGGUCGGGCCUUGUGCACCCCCGGAGGGCAGUGCUAGCCUGUCCCAGCCUCACGGGGCCCUUUCCACAUGCCUCCCCACCCACCUCUCGGCCUGAUGCUUCGGUGCCUUCCUCCCUGCUGCCGGGCAGCCUUACAGCCGCUGUGCCCGCGCCCCAUGCGUGUCUCCUCACCCGCUGCUCCCCAGAUAGGCAUCUCACAACCAAACACAGGGACCCGCUCAGAAGCCACUCCUAGAACUUGGGAAGCUUCUGGGGAGGAGCCGAUAAUACUCAUGGAAACACCGACUUCCUUCGACUCCGGAUGUGAACUCAGCAACUCGGACAUUACAGGAAGGGCCUGUUGAAGGGGCCUCCCCCAAUUCUGGGUUUAAACCAGCCCACACUUGUUCUUCGUUGAUCCCAUCUUGUGCUUCCUGCAGCCUCAGUCUUCCUGAGGCUCAUGAACCCCAAUUCCCUUCAGAAGACUUUGAGACUUUGUGACUCAGUUGCUGGCCUUGUUGAGGGCCAGUGUCCCAGGCAGCAGGGUCCGAGGUGGCUGCAAGAGGUGCCCCCAGAAAUGUAUAAACUUGCUGAGUUUGGAGCUUGGGGUCUGGAGCUGCCACUGACAUGAGGAACGGGGUCCCAGGGGCCGGUGUCAGAGCCUGUCAUGGAGCACAGACUGUUUUUAUGAUAGAUGGAAUGCCCUUCCUACCCCUAUUGCUCACCUGCCUCUCCCUGACCUAAACAGAAGCAUGGAGCACCCUGUGAGAAAGCUUCCCCUCUGCAUGGCCGUCCUUGCCCUGAGGCAUCCCCAUUCAGCCCCAAUCCUCAGUGCUCCCUGGUAAUCCCCAUCUGCUCUCCACCGUCAGCUCUGGCUUAGCUACCUCACAGCAGGAAGCCCUUGACUCUGAACUUGAAGGCUUCUCAGAGCCCUGCACACUUCCCAGGUUUGGGGAGGUUCCCCUCUUUCAGGGACGCCCAAGAAACCUAGUCAGGGGCAGGGUCCCCAAAUCCCCCUAGUUGCACAAGUCCCUGAAAUGCUGGAAGCACAAAUUGGUUGUGAUCCAAGCACAAGAACCCCAAGCUAGAGGUACAGAAUGGACUGAUUGUGCCUGGCUCAGAUCAGACCUGGGCCCUGGCUGGCCCCUCUCCAAAAGAAACAGCCUUUCUAGAACCCAUGGGUUCCAGUUUGGUGAACCCCAGUUCCUGCCUCCCUGCAUUACCCCAGCUCUGACCUGGCCCCUGAGGACUCUGGCCUUGCCACUUACCCAGGGCUGUGCCCCCUGAGCUGGCAGAACAGGCAGCCAUGGGGUCAGUGCACCUGCCCACCCUUGACUGGUACCACACCCACCUGGGCUUGGUGUAUUCAUGCGGGCUGGGCCUGUGGGCGAGAGUGGAGUGAUUUCCCACGGGGUGGCCCAGCUGUGGCAUCUGCCCCUUUGCCAUCCCAAACAAAAGGCUGUGUGCUGUUCCCAGUGGUUUGGCAUCAUCCCCUAGGCUGGCCCUCUCCCCACAAUUCCAGAUCCUUCCCGGCCCUCCUCCGAAUAAGAACAGACACAGGAAAGUUUGGGGUUUUUUUGCUGGCCUCUGUUGGGCCCAUCAUUCCAUCCCAGUCCAGUCCUUUGGGGACGUCAGUUUGUGUGUAGAGACCCUACAGGAUGAGGGACCUGACCCUACCCACUAAGCUUGUCUACCCUGGCCAGGCAGCAGUGUACAUACAUUUUGUACCUGCCAACUGCUGUAUAUACUGUAUGAAAGUUGUCUCCUCCCGCUGUACAGUUCUGAUCCAGGAUGUGUGAGUCCUAAGACAUUCUCAUCAAUGAAA